GUAGCUAUAGCUGGCUGUAUUGAAAGUUUCCAUCCGAUCCGGAAAAGAGCUUUUCCGAAACUAAAAUCCAAACCGAGGCCCAACAACAAAUCCAUCCCCCGAAGCAAUACAAUACUGAGAACUUUGUAAAUAACCAAAAAACAACAUAACAAAACAAAUCCUCUUAAGAAUCAAACAGCGUAAGUAUAUCAUAUUCUCUAACUCCUGCAUCAUCUCAGUACAGUAAGUUAAAAUUCUCUUCAAAAAAUCAUGUCUCGGUAUAAUCUCGUCAGCAAAGGAGAUCUAGCUUUAGCUUUUGAAACAACACGCGUUACGAACACAAUCAAUCAGCUUAAUCGACCUCGAAAUGUCAACCCCAACCGCAUCUCAACCGCAACACAACCCAUCUGAGCUUCAAUACAGCUUAGAAAGAUCCAGAACGAUUUGCUAAACGAACUCAAUAUAAUACAAUUCGAUAGUGGCAUGAUGUCUUGUAAGUGUCAUUUUCCCCCUCUGCCAUAAGCCUCCUAUCAAUCCAUAACACAUCCAUCAUGCUAACAUCACCCCCAAAACAGUCCUCACCACAACCCACGAAACUCUCACUCUCACCCCUAUUCCUCCUCACAUCCCCAUCACCCAAGUGCUCACGCUACUACACGACCACGAGAAAAUGAUAACCAUGAACCCCCUCGUAACAGUACACACCCUCCUCCCACCUACGCACAUUCUCGCCAAAGAUUUCUUCAAAUUCGAGCCUAUAGAGCUCCAACCUAGCACGCGAUGUCCCUGCGAAAUAUGGGAAAUAACCGACGACUUAUCCGCCAACACAGAAGGAGAGACGGGAUCCGGAUGGCGGGGCGGCUGGUCGAAACGAUUUAUCCCAGAUCAAAUUACUUACACGAGUAGUCUCCAAGAUCGCGAGGAUGGAUUGGUUAGUAUUACGCAUGCGCCGAUGGGGGUUCAUAGUGUAACGACGUGGAUAGUGAGGGAAGCGGGGCCCGGGGAAAGUUCGUUGAUGCUUGGGGAUGGGAGAUUAGUUUUGGAGGAGAAGGGGGUGGUGAGGGCGAGUAGGAUGUUGAUGGGGUUUAUCAAGACGACAUUACAGGAAAGUCAUGAGAAGUUGGUUAAAGAUUUUAUGGGUGUUUUGGAGGGGAAGGGGAGGAAUGGACAAGAGGUGGGGAAUGAGCUGAAGGGGGAAUUGUAGGUUAGUGGUUGGGGAUCGGUCGAAUGGGUACAAGGAGAGAAUAUGUUGAAAUCUCAGGUAGGACAUGGGAUUUGAUUCAAUAUAUAGACGAGGUAAGGAAAGAUCUGAUAAGGUUAAGUUAGACGAUAAAUAGCGAGAUGUAUAGUGGAACCUUUAAAAUCGAUGUCCACCUUAUUUAUCACCAAUUUC